GGAACGCUCGCCCUCCCGUCUCCUUUCCGGUGGGCGUCACGCCACGUCUGCUUUACAGUGCACUCUGUUUCCGGGCGGAGUGCAUGUUAGUCGCCCGCAGCGCAAGUUUAAGCCACAUCGGCUAUGAAAGCCUACUCACACAGUGUGAUUCGGUAAUUACGAUGCGCCACGGGCGGGAGGGAGCAUCACAGCUGGAGCGCCAAUCGCGCAUGUCUCUUCGAACCGCGGGCAAUUCUCUUCCGUUCUUCGCCGCCGCGCCGUCUUCGUCCAGCUGCCACCUUUCCUCCUCCUGACCUGAUCCUAACAGUCAUGGUGUCUCAAGAGAAUUUCCGCGCUGUUUCCGGAGUGCCCGGAUCUAAUUAUCAGGCUCCUUAACUUCCAUCCUCCAUACAAGCCCGCGUCGUACCACACCCUCCUCGACCAUGUGUUUCCGCCGUCGCCUCACUAGGAGAUAGUAUCCCCGAUACCCACGCGCCCAACACCCACCCACGCGCUGGACCUUCCACCCGCCCGCCGUCUCGCCGUCUCGCCCUCUAACCGUUAACGCACCGCAGAGGAAAAGCCCUCGCGUCCGCGCGCGUCUCGUCUCAUCGCAGCACGGCCAUGGCGGCGUCGAUCCUGGACGAGCACAACGUGCGGCUGAUCGGGUCGCCGGACUCCGCGGCGGAGCUCGUGGUCCUCGGCCACGGGUUCGGCACGGACCAAUCCGUGUGGCAGCACGUGGUGCCGCACCUGCUAGACGACGACUACCGGCUGCUGCUCUUCGAUCUCAUGGGCGCGGGGUCGACCAACCCUGACAACUUCUCGUUUGCGCGGUACUCCUCGCUGCACGGGUAUGCGGACGACCUGCUGGCGAUUCUGGAGGAGGUCGGCGUGCAGGAGUGCACGUACGUGGGGCAUAGUGUCUCGGGGAUGAUCGGAUGUAUUGCGGCGAUCGCACGGCCGGAAGUGUUCAAGAAGAUUAUUCUGAUUGGCGCGUCGCCCAGGUAUCUCAACGACGCGGAUUAUUUCGGCGGGUUCGAGCAGGAGGAUCUGAACCAGCUGUUCGCCGCCAUGCACUCCAACUUCCGCGCGUGGGUGUCGGGCUUUGCGCCGCUGGCCGUGGGUGCGGACAUCAACAGCACGGCGGUGCAGGAGUUCAGCCGCACCUUCUUCUGCAUCCGCCCUGACAUCGCGCUCUCUGUGUCUAAGACCAUCUUCCAGUCGGAUAUGCGGUCCAUACUGCCGCAGGUGAAGGUGCCGUGCCACAUCCUGCAGUCGAGCCAGGACCUGGCAGUGCCAGUGGCGGUGGCGGAGUACCUGCACGCGCAUCUGGGCGGGCGCAGCGUGGUCGAGAUCUUCCCCACGCACGGCCACCUGCCACAGCUCUCCGCUCCGCACAUCGUCAUCCCCGCCCUCAGACGCCACCUCAGGGGCCACCUGUAGGCUGACGGACGUCCGAGGGGACACCUGAGAAGAGGGCACCUGAGAGGGCACCGGAGAGGGCACCGGAGAGGGCACCUGAGAGGGCACCGGAGAGGGCACCUGAGAGGGCACCGGAGAGGGCACCUGAGAGGGCACCGGAGAGGGCACCGGAGAGGGCACCUGAGAAGAGGGCACCUGAGAGGGCACCUGAGAGGGCACCUUAGAUGCCACCUCAGGGGAUACCUGUAGGCCAACGGACGCCCGAGGAGACACCUGAGAGAGGGCACCUCAGAUGCCACCUCUGAGGAUGCCUCUAGGCAUGCAGGGGUUGGCUUGGAAUAGGGGCAGCUGUGGCUUGGCAAAGGGGCGAAUUGUAGGCAGGUGGGGGUUUCUGAAUGGAGGGAGGGGUGCUGCUGUAGGCUGUAGCAGAGCAAAGGGUGGAUACGAUAGAUGCUGCUGCGGUACCUGCGCCCGUUGCAGCCCUUGUAGCAUGGGACGCAAUGGCUCACGUGAGGCUAGAACACUUGAAGGGGGCGGCUCUGGAGCAAUAGUGUGGGCUGGGAUGGUGGAUCCACCUGCACCUGCUGCAACUGUCCCCGCUUGUAUCAUCUGUCUCACCUCUCACCUCUCACCUCUCACCUCUCACCUCUCACCUCUCACCUCUCACCUCUCACCUCUCACCUCUCACCUCUCACCUCUCACCUCUCACCUCUCACCUCUCACCUCUCACCUCUCACCUCUCACCUCUCACCUCUCACCUCUCACCUCUCACCUCUCACCUCUCACCUCUCACCUCUCACCUCUCACCUCUCACCUCCCACCUCUCACCUCUCACCUCUCACCUCCCACCUCUCUUCACCUUCCCACGCGCUGACAUAACUGACAGCAUUGGGCUACUGAGAGUGCCAGAGCCUACCAGUAGAUAGGGAACCCUUUUAGAGCAGGACGGAUGGGAGUGUCUGUGGGACAUGAUAGGUACGAUCUGGCACUGGCAACUGGUUCCUUGUGGCGCAUGGGGGGAGGGGGGCUUGGUGCAGCAGAGGGGUGGGCAGUGUGUGUUCUCUGCUGGAUGGGUGCGCUGGGACUGUCUGUUAAAGUAAGAACUGAAUAAUUGACUAGAAGUGGAAACCUAGAACAAAUACUAGUUGGUUGU